UGUGUGUGUGUGUGUAGGGGGUGGGCGGGCGAGAGGCAGGUUCAUGAAGUAAACUGCUAACAGAAGCCAGAAGGCAGUAGCUGCACCGCUGGAAACUGGAGGAACAUCUUUGGGAGCUUGUAUUGGGGUGUGAAACCGGGGAUCCAAACCUCUCUGUACUGCCUUUUCUCUGAGCUCCAGAUGAAGCGGAGACUUUGCAGACAAGAGAACCUAAGGAGGGAGAGCAGCCGGAGGAGCUGGCGUUCAGCUGCAGAGCUUCAAGUCUUCCCAUCCAUAGGUGGUCAAGCACCAGCAUUGUAAAGGUCUCCUGUUCCUGCCUUUAGAGACAAAGGUAUUUAUGAGCCGCCAUUUCUUAUACUACUGCAGUGAACCUACCCUGGAUGUGAAGAUUGCCUUUUGUCAGGGAUUCGGGAAACAAGUGGAUGUGUCAUAUAUUGCCAAAUAUUACAACAUGAGUAAAAGCAAAGUUGACAACCAGUUCUACAGCGUGGAAGUGGGUGACUCGACCUUCACAGUUCUCAAGCGCUACCAGAACUUAAAACCAAUCGGCUCUGGGGCUCAGGGAAUAGUUUGUGCUGCAUAUGAUGCUGUUCUCGACAGAAAUGUGGCCAUCAAGAAGCUCAGCCGGCCGUUUCAAAAUCAAACGCAUGCUAAGCGAGCUUACAGGGAGCUAGUCCUCAUGAAGUGUGUGAAUCACAAAAAUAUUAUCAGUUUAUUAAAUGUCUUCACACCACAGAAAUCACUGGAGGAGUUCCAGGAUGUUUAUUUAGUAAUGGAGCUGAUGGAUGCCAAUUUGUGCCAGGUGAUUCAGAUGGAGCUAGACCACGAGCGAAUGUCUUAUCUCCUGUACCAAAUGCUUUGCGGCAUCAAGCACCUUCACUCUGCAGGAAUCAUUCACAGGGAUUUAAAACCAAGUAAUAUUGUGGUAAAAUCUGACUGCACAUUGAAGAUCCUGGAUUUUGGACUGGCCAGAACCGCAGGCACUAGCUUCAUGAUGACUCCCUAUGUGGUCACACGUUAUUACAGAGCACCAGAGGUCAUCUUGGGAAUGGGCUACAAGGAGAACGUUGACAUGUGGUCAGUAGGGUGCAUCAUGGGAGAAAUGAUUAAAGGUGCUGUGUUGUUUCCUGGCACUGAUCAUAUUGACCAGUGGAAUAAAGUAAUUGAACAGUUGGGAACCCCCUGCCCAGAAUUCAUGAAGAAACUUCAGCCCACAGUGCGGAACUACGUGGAAAACCGACCUAAAUAUGCUGGCCUCACUUUCCCCAAACUCUUCCCAGAUUCUCUCUUUCCAGCUGAUUCAGAACACAACAAACUCAAAGCUAGCCAAGCCAGGGACCUUUUGUCAAAGAUGCUAGUGAUUGACCCAGCCAAACGGAUAUCUGUGGACGAAGCCUUACAGCAUCCGUACAUUAACGUCUGGUAUGACCCGGCAGAAGUGGAGGCGCCACCUCCGCAGAUAUAUGAUAAGCAGCUGGAUGAAAGAGAACACACGAUCGAAGAGUGGAAAGAAUUAAUCUACAAGGAAGUAAUGAAUUCUGAAGAAAAGACUAAAAAUGGUGUAGUAAAAGGACAGCCUUCUCCCUCAGGUGCAGCAGUGAACAGCAGCGAAAGCCUCCCUCCCUCCUCAUCCGUCAACGACAUUUCCUCCAUGUCCACAGACCAGACCCUGGCGUCGGACACUGACAGCAGUUUGGAAGCUUCUGCAGGACCCCUCGGUUGUUGCAGGUGACUAGCCGCCUGCCUGCGAAACCCGACGUUCUUCAGAAGAUGAUCUCAUUUAGGGCGGGGGGGGGGGGAAUCAUUGUGGUUGUAAAAGAAAUUCGAUGAUGGCAAGGAAGAGAAAAUCGCAAACAAACAAACACACAUAAUGAUGAAACGAAAUGAAACCCUUUGAGCCUGCUUCUCCUAAAAGAGUUAUGUAAAUGCAGCUAAGCUCAAAUGUAUAUUUAACUUAUAGUUGCUCUGCUUUGGUCUUCUUCCAAUGAUGCUUACUGCAAAAACAAAAGAGGAAAAAAAAGAGAAAAAAAAUACUUAAAAGAAGCCUCUUUUCAUAAAAUCGCAAAAUUUAAUGGCUGCAAAACCAGCAACCUGCAACUGUCCUUUUUCACGUUGGCAUGACAAGGUGGGCAGCUCCCCUCCCCUUUAUCUGUAUACAUGUGUGCCUGUCUAAACCCUCUCUGUUUCCGUUUUGGGCAGACCAACAGAGAUACACACAUGUAACUUGGUGUACAUACAUGCAAAUAUGCAUUUCAGUAUAUCUGUGCAGCUGUGUGUGUACAUAUAUCACAAGAGCGGAGUCUUGAUGUGUACAUACAGCCUGCAGCGAAGAACCAAACCUCCUGGUCUGUGGUUUUU